AUGGCCGGAUUGGGCUCAACAAAUAGUCUUUAUAAGUACCAAUUCUCCAAAUUGGCCUUACACAAGUGGUCUCUCAAAAUGGCUAACUACUCUCACCUCUUCCUUCUCUUCGUGACAUUUUUUGUUCCUCAAGUUUUGGCAGCAACCAAUUAUACAGUCGGAGAUAAGAGUGGUUGGAACCUUGGAGUCGAUUACUUCUCUUGGACCAGUGACAAAACCUUCUUUGUUGGCGAUAGUCUUGUAUUCAAGUAUGAGAAAGGGAAGCACAACGUAUUAAACGUCGACGUCUCGUCGUUUUCACAAUGCACUGCGCCGAAAGACCAACCACCGAUGGUUAGCGGAAACGACGUCAUUACAUUGACUACUCCCGGAACCAAAUGGUUCAUUUGCACCAUUCCCCACCACUGUAACUCCGGCCAGAAGCUUGUCAUUUCAGUGGACUCCGCGCCACCCUCCCCCAUUAUUCAAUCUCCUUUAAUACCGCCAUUUGCUGGCCAGCCUCCUCCACCGACAUCGUCUCUUCCACCAGUGCUUGUCCCAGAUCUGCCGCCAGUGCUACCUCCGACCUCUCCUCCUUCGGUACCAUCGCCUCCUCAGAACCAAACUGCCCCACAUUUGCCGAUUGCUCCAAUGCCAACCCAAACCAUUCCACCAGUGGAAUCGCCAGCUGCUCCGAGCCCCAUUACUGCUGCUCCGCCGCCUUCUGGAGCUGCCCUGAAAUCCGUUGUUUCCGGUCAUCUUGGGUUUUUGGCGAUGGCAGUUAGCGUUCUUGCUGGGAUUAUGAUAUGA